UGUGCGUGUGGGGGAGAGGGGGAGGGAGUCCCUGUGUGGAAGGAGAAGGGGGGGGUACCGCUAAACCCCGAAAUUAAACAGCGGCCCCGCAACGGGGAACGAGAAAACAUCAUGGCAGGGAUCAUCAAAAAGCAGAUCCUCAAGCACCUGUCUAGGUUCGCAAAGAACCUGUCCCCCGACAAGAUCAACCUGAGCACCCUGAAGGGGGAGGGGCAGCUGUCCAAUCUGGAGCUGGAUGAGGAGGUUCUGCAGAACAUGCUGGACCUACCCACCUGGCUGGCCGUGACCCGGGUCUACUGCAACAAAGCUGCCAUCCGGAUACAAUGGACAAAGCUGAAGACCAGCCCGAUCUGUCUGCUCCUGGACAAGGUGGAGGUGGAGAUGAGGACGUGCGAGGAGCCCCGCCCCCCCAAUGGCCCCUCCCCCAUCGCCAUCACCGCGGGGCAGAGUGAGUAUGGGUUUGCAGAGAAGGUGGUGGAAGGCAUGUCCGUGCUCAUUAACUCCAUCACCAUCAAGGUCCAGGCCCAGGCCUUCCACGCCUCCUUCGAGCUCUGGCAGCUCCAGGGGAACAGCCUGAACCCCAAGUGGCAACGGAGCGACCUCCGCUACACCCGCAUCACCGACCCCCUGCGCGGAGAGGUGCUGACGUUCAAGGAGAUUAACUGGCAGACCCUACGGAUUGAGGCUGACGCCAUGGAGAGCGGGGAGCAGGAUCUGGGCAGCACCCCCCUGAGACUGAUCACUAACCAGGGCCGCAUCCGAAUCGCCCUGAAGCGCCGGGUGAAGGACUGCAACGUGGUUGCCUCGAAGCUCCUCUUCAUCCUGGAUGACCUGCUGUGGGUGCUGACCGAUUCGCAGCUCAAAGCCAUGAUCCGCUAUGCCAAGUCCCUGAGCGAGGCCAUCGAGAGGUCAGCCCAGCAGAGGAAGAGCAUGGCCCCUGACCCCCUGCAGAGGGUGCCCACCUCCCCUGGCGCCCCACCUCCCUGGAACGAGCCGGCCCCCCACGCUGCCCCCCCCAGCGGGGUCCCCAACAGCCUGAGCCAAUACUUUGAGCAGCAUGACGUCAAGGAGUCCUCUUACCACACCCUCAUCUCCAGGCUGGACCUGCACAUCUGUGACGACAGCUCGGACAGCGAGGCAGGUGGGCAGCAGCCUCGAGUGGCCGGAGGAGCCAUACAGCUGACCUUCCACAAGCUGGGCUUCGACUACUACCCCUUCCACUGGCCCAGUGACGGCUGCCGGCACUGGGAGCGGUACUGUGGUGCCAUGGAGACGCGGGCGCAGUGGGUGAGCAAGCUGCUGCAGGACUUCCAGCGCCAAGCUGAGGGGCAGGACAGGCAGACGGGCUCCCCUGUGCAGGGCAAGGGGACCCCCACCCGCACCCAGGACGGAGGUUCCACUCCGAAGUCCAGCCCUCCGGACCGGGCCCAGACCCCUCGCCGGACCUCUGCAGCCCUGCCACCCCACGGACUGCCCUGGAAGAGGCUGCGGUCCAGCUGUUUGCUGAUCAGGGUGGAUGACCUGGAUAUAUACCAGGUGUCCAGCAAGGGUCGCCACAGUAAGAAGCCGCAGACCCUGGUGUCCUGCAACAGAAAGUCCCUGCAGCUCCCUGACAACGUGUCAGCCAUUCACAUCCAGUUCACAGAGUACUACUUCCCUGACCACUCCCAUCUCCCCGUGCCCUGCUCCAACCUGUAUGGCCAGCUUAACGGGCUCCAGCUGACCCCCGACCCGCUCAGUCUGCUCUGGAUCAAUCUCUUCUCACUGGGGCUCCUGCACAGCCUGGAGCAGGUCAAGGCCUUCUACAAGCUGGAGGAUUCUGGGAAGGGGGAGGAGCAUGUCGACGUGCGCAUGGACAUCUGUCAGCUCAAGCUGGUGAUCCCGCUGGAGUCCAGAAUCCUGGACCACCCUGACCGGCCACAGAGGCUCUGUGUCCAAGCCUCGCAGUCCGUGUUCACCAACACGCGGCACUGUGCCCACGCCACGGCAGCUGACCUGCAGGGCAUCUGCCACUCCUUCAGCCACUGCCCCUUCUUCCAGCUCGCGAGGGGAACCCCCAGCUUCCCCAGAACCAGCAGCAGCUUCCCCCCGCUCCCCUCCGCCUUCCUGCAGCACGCCUUGGAGGGGGAUGGAGCCCCGGAGCCUCUGAGCAAGAAGAAACCCCCGCGCUCCCAGGACGUGUGGUCCCUGCACCUCUCCGGGCUGGCUUUGGACUUUGAAGGGGCACGUCGGAGCCCCAGAGGAAAGGCCCUGCCCUUCGUGGAGCCCUUGGCCAUCUCCCUCUGGAUCUGCCGUCCGGGGGCCUUCCACAUCAAGCCCCACCUACCUCACUUUCCUCCAGGCUGUGGCUCUAGAUUGAGGGCGUCUGCAAGCUGCAGUAACCAUAUCGACUCCGGGUUAAUGACGGACAGGCCUGGGAAGCACCUGAAGUCCAGAACAGUACAGGAUCUGUUGGAUUUGGGGUCUAACGAGAAUGACUGGCCAGCACAGAACGGGGCAGGGCAAGACGAGGACGCGGGGCAAAUGGAGAUGGCCUCAAUUCAUGUUUUGGCACAAGCCUUGUCCCCUAUCAGGCUGCGGCUGAACCACUAUCAGUACGUGGCUCUCUUGAGAAUGAAGGACACCUUUUCCAGGCUGGGGGCUGAGUUAGCUCAGGACACGCUGGGGCUAAGGGGCGAGAAGGUGGAGCCCCCUACUGUUAGUGUGGGGUUACUGCUGGAGAGUGCUGAGGUAGUGUUGCUGCUGCCUCCUGCAACACUUGAAGAUACUUCCCCAGGAAGCACGGAGAGCCCCAGCCUGACUGAUUCAGAACUGUCCCCAGCAAAGGGGCCCUUGGUCGCUGCUAGACUGGAGGACAGUGGCAUUGGGAAGGCAGGCUCCUCGGAGAAGGAAGACGGCGACGGCGCCACAGCACCCCCUCCUGUCGAGGAGGCCUGCGAGGCUGUGGAAGCCCUGGAAGAUGCAGGCCCUUCCUCCCCAUCCCCGUCUCUAAACCCUCCCCUUCAUUCCCGAGACAACUCCUCCUUCAGCCUGGAGGGAGAGCUGUCGAGCGCACUCACCGCCACCAAGGACGUCACCAAAGAGGCGAUGACCGUGACCAUGGACCUGACCAAAGAGGCCGUGUCCAUCACCAAGGACGCCUUCAGCAUCCUGAGCCGGGAGAAGAUGGCCUCUACCAUGCACAAGAUGCUGUUCGUGCCCCCAGCCAGAGAGCAGCCCUCUCGUCUCGAGGAGGCCCCCUCAGCCCCUGGGAGGCUGCGUUUCCUCAACACGAAGCUCUCUCAAUCCCAGCUCUCCUUGGAUAGCACCUCGCUGGAUGCCAGCCUUCCUGACGACCGCUUCUCCAUAGACAGCGACAGCAGCGACAACUUUGUCAUCCUCAUGGACUCCGAGUCCGGUUCGGAGUCCUUGCGCCCGGACAGCACCCCCUUUCUGCGGGCGGAUCACGGGAGCCGUGACAGUCCAGCACUGGGGACGGAGAGAGACUCGUCCCCAGAUCUCAGCAGCUCCCUGUCCCAGAGCAUGGAGGAACUCUGCCAGGACCAGGUGUCUGUGCUACUUCUCCGGCUCAGCGAUGUGGGCUGCGCAGUCGAUAUGAAGGGGGAUGACCUGCUGGUGGCACUAGAGGCUCGGGAUGUGGUUCCUGAACAACUGGGCAACGUGACCAUGCAGCAGCUCCUGAGCGGACACGCCUUGGGAGUACUGUGGCCCCGCAGGACCCCUUCCUCAGAGCCGCAGGAGACUGUGAUGGGGGCCCCUGUGGUGCAGCUGCAAUUCGUGAUUGGUCCCGCAGCUGCAGCACAGCACGGCCCUCUGGCUGAAACCAACGGCUUCCUGCACCUGCGGGUGAGAGGCUGCACGGCGGAGCUGCUGACCUCCUCGCUGGCCAGCCUCGGGCCGUUCCUGGAGGACGAGCUCAGCGCCGACCUGCUGCCCAUGAGGGUGGAACUGGACAGCACCACGGUCACUCUCAAGGAUGACGGGCCUCUGCUGUACCCCACCUCCCCGAGGCCUGUCCCAGUCAUCUUCUCUGUGGAUGGGCUGGCUCUGGAGCGUGCUGACGAUGGCAUCUUCUACCUGCGAGCUGCGGGCAAAGAGUCACAAGAGCAGGCCAGCAACACAGCUGCCUCACUGAAUCCUGACAUCUCUACCCCAGACCAGCUCCAGAGAGCCUUGGACGAGGCACAGGCAGCUCUUGAAACAGCCAACGCAGACCGGGAGAGACUGCUCCAGGAGAUUAGGAAAUACAACCCUGGCUUUGACCUCUGACCUCUGAUCUCCAGACCACUCACCCCCACCCCCCAAACAGACAGCUGUCAUGCUCAACACCACUAGAAGAGGGAGCCAUGCCCUCUGAGCAGAUAGCUGUCAUUGCAAUCCCCCACCAGGAGGGGGAGACCUUGAGCGGCAGCUUUGGAGGUGCCGUUGGGGGCGGCUUGUGGGUGUGCAAACGCAGAGCAAGAGAAACAUAGCCGUGAGGGUUAUUAACCUAUAGGGGUGGCUGAGCAGGAAAAAACAUGUUCACUGUUGGAAGUAACAUUGAGUUUGUAUGGCACUGUGAUAUUUGUUAAGCUGGCAGUAAGAGCGAAGGGUGAAAAAGCAGCACUGCUCCCUGUAAGUUGUGGCAAUGUGUGAAGCAUUUCUGAUUUCUGUGUGAAGCAACUGGAGUUGUCAGCAAGGAGAAAGCUUGUUUGAGAUUGAGGGAAGGCGUCACUAGCGGAAACGUUCCUGUGCGGGGGUCUGAUGCAUCAGGCCUCCUGCUCAAUCUGCAUUGAUGACUUCAUCUCAUUAGAAACUCGUUUACAUAAAUAUUCUAACGUGAGGAUGAAGUACAAUAUUUUGAAAACGACAAAAAGGAUGCCAUUAUUAUUAUUAUUAUUAUUAUUAUUAUUAUUAUUAUUAUUAUUAUUAUUAAGUGUUUUUCAUGUUAAAUAUGACUGAAAAAAAUUCAUGUUUUGGCAGCUUUGCAACACAGUUUGAACAUCCUACUGCUGAAUUGAAAGAAGCACUGUCUUUACUUGACCAAACGAUCACUCCUGAGAGAAACUUUUCCAAUAUGAAGCUGAGAGAGACCUUUUAAAACCCUGGACUGCUGGAAACCACAACUCUGUAAUUGCCAGGGACUGCUAGUGUUGUAUGAAACUAGAACUAUGGGAUGUCCGUCGUAUUUGUGCUUCCCUGAUGAGGAAGGGAACAGUGAAUACAGCUGGGAAUAAAGAAAAAAACAUUGAUUCAGUGUAGCUGUUUGGAUGGUGUAUAUUGACUCUGUCAGUUAACUUGAAACACAGCCCCAAAACUGGACUAAAUUGUGUGAUGCAUAUACUAAUGUAUAGUGUGUAAUGAAUGUAUAUCCUGGGGUCUUCUCCACAUUACACAGCAUCCCAGUUUGAGACUGGAAAGCCUGUGUGCUUUUCUGUAAUUGUUUUAGCUCGUGCAACAUGUAACAAGCAGAAGGAACAAUAAGCUUGAUCAGUAUUUCAGUGUGGAGUAUUAUUAUUAAUAAUAAUGAACACCGGAUACAGGUUUUCAAUGUGGACUGUUUUAUUUAUAUGCAUGCUUGUUGAUUGUUUUGUUUAACUUUGUCCCUGUAGAACUACACAGGAACAUGCAGGCAGUCUGAACCCUUUCGGGUUGCAUUCUGCCCCACAGAUCUUUAGAUAAUGCGGAUUGCAAGAGGCCCUCUCUAUGCAGUGUCCCUCAAUCCCGUUGUUUGUGUACGACUUUUUCUUCAGGCAACACAAUUGUACUAUACAAAUAGUGCGUUACAGUCUAGAUCCCUGUAGCAUUUUCUAACCGGGGAAUAACAGUGACACCUAGUGGACACAGCUGCAAUCGCAGAUAAUUAAUUUUUUCCACUUGGAAACAACUGACCAUAUACGGGAAAGGAGCUUGCAACACAUAAAGUUUCACAAGAUAAGGAGGAGGGGGGUGGGGGUUAAGAUUGUUACUGUUGGGUGUCUUUUUUUUUUUUUUUUUUAAAUGUGAACACACUCCACUGCACAUGUAUUGUAUAUAAUCAGUCAGUGUCUGCCACCUAACGAUGGCAAAUAACGGUCACACUCCACUGCAGUAUAAUGUAUUUGGGCCCGGCCCAUAUGAUUCCAUUUGGGUCAGAAACAUGCUGACAUAUUUGCAGGUUUUUGGUAAUAACGGAGUCCCUCAAUACUCCCUUGCAUCUACCCCAUCAGCCAUCCCUUAGGGGUGUGUGGAUGUGAUCAUGUGUACUGUAGUUAGGAAUACAGUAGUAGUGUCUUGCCAGUAACUGACUGUGCCCUUUCAUUUUAACAGUGGGGUCACAUGUGCUCUUUUUACCUCCUUUUCCAACUUGAUUUAAAACAAAUGUAAACAGUGGUGCCACAGUAGUUGGGAACAGAUUUGAAUGAGGUUUGAUCAGCACAGGAGUCUCAGUAUUAACCUGAUUCUGUGGGCUAGCGUACUUACUACUAGUCAGACACAGCUCCACUGUGGCUCUGGUGAACAGCUCUGUCCUCUAGAGCAGAGCCAAGAUGACUGACGUUGGACUCGGUUCCCUGAUCUUUUAUUUGCCUUUGUUGGCAAACAUGGUAUCGCUUCAAUUUAAGCCUUAACCCUAUGUAUGUAUUAUUUUUGUCCAGUUCAAGAAUGUAUUGUUCCGAGCAAAUGCCAUAGUAGUUGUUAGACCUCCCCUGAAGGAAGGUCCUGGGUUUGAAGUGACUUGAAGGCUGGCGUGAAAGGCAGCUGGCAUGAGAAUGAAAGAUGUUUGAGCACAGGACUGCAUUGAAGGGAGCGUGCUCCCUAAAGCUCACAACUUUAGGAGCGCUGUGUUAGGGUCAAAAAUGUUUUGCAGAACUAACUAAUCACAUUUCUGUGAGCUAAUUAUACCUUCUAUCUUUAAGUUGAGAACACUGUGCCACGAAUGCUUGUGAUGUGGCAGAUUGUAUGUUUAGCUGUGCUGUGCCAGGCUUGCAGUCCAGUGUAGUCCUCCAAUAAAUAACAAUGACACUUGACAGAAAGCUGGAUUCGUAGAAUACCCUUUUGGGUGUUUAGUACAGUGCAGAGGACUGUUUGCCGUUUUUAACAGUAUUUUUAUUUCAUUUGUAGGCUGUACUUGUAUUGUUAACACUCCACUGUAUUCAGAUAGGUUCUGUGAACCAGUGCUGUAUGUGUGACAACAUUUCUAAAUUAAAAGUUUUUAACUCAAAA